AAUGCCGCACACUGAAGCCACUUCACGCCGCCGUAAGUCGACGCAGUGAUGAGUUACACAUCAUUUUUCUUGUGUCAGAUAAAAGCACAUAAAAAAGAAAGAAAAGCGGAAAAUCCCUCACUUUUUUGUCACUUGUACCACUUUGUCGGGUGCUUUGACCGAACCACUAUUGCCGGACUUUUUUGGACAGCACGUGAACGAAGCGGAGAAAGAUGGCUGCCCCCUGUAGCAGGAUGGCGAGCCGUCCUCUGUUACAGUUUCUUUAUAGUUUUGGGAGGACCGGGGCUGGAAACACGGGGUUUCGGCGGGUCUCCGGCAGCUCUGCUCACCGUGCUGCUGUACAGGGCAGAAGUAAGGCGGACAGCGCGGCCUCUCCGUGGAGCCUGAUGGCAGCCGUGUGUCUGCAGAGACUGCCCGUCAUCUCGGCAGACCGCAGCCCCGUCGAGCAGCAGUUCACCCAGCUCAUGUACCAGAUGGAGCUAGAGAAAAGCUUGCUGUCGGACCACGAGCUGCGGCUGCUGGAGGACGCUGAGAGAAUGAGUCGCAGGCAGGCAGACGACUACGACUCUGACGAAGAGGAGGACCGCGGUGACCAGGAGAUUGUUUUGGCUCAGGAUCUUGAAGACUCCUGGGAGCAGAGGCUGAAGAGCUUCCAGCCAGCGCCGAGGGUCAGAGCUGAUGUGCAGAGGAACUUGGCCUCUCUGGAUCGCUGCCUGGACGACUCCCUGGUCCUGCUGGCAGAACAGCAGGUCGGCACAGAGAAGAUGUGGCUGCUGCCUCAGACUCAGUGGCAGGAAGGAGAAAACCUGCGGCAGACAGCCGAGAGAGCGCUCGCCUCCCUCCCAGCUGGUUUCAAGGCGACUUUCCUCGGCAACACCCCCUGCGGAGUUUACAAGUACAAACUGCCCAAAGCUGCCCGGACAGAGAGCUUGGUCGGAACCAAGCUGUUCUUCUUCAAAGCCAUCCUGUCAGGCAGCAGUCCCUCUGCACCCUCAGACGCUCCUUUUCUGUGGGUGAGGAAAAGUGAACUGCAGGACUAUCUGAAGCCGGCGUACCUUGAGAAGGUCAACCGCUUCAUCCUCAACCUGUGAUGGAUAAACACAGAAGAGGGACACUGACGUCUGUCUGCAGAACAGCCUCUAUAAAACCCAGAAAAUCACUCUCUUCUCUCUAUUGUCGUCGUUUCCAUUAAAAAUGUAUUCAUUUCAUUGCUCUGUGGUAUGAGAAUUAAAAUAUUGUUUUUCUUCA